AUGGAGUUCAGCGUGGUGAAAAAAAUCGCAUGCCCCGUUGAACAAUGCGGCCAUUUCGGGAGAACCGACAAUAUCCGGAAACAUCUCAUCAGUGUUCAUAGAUACAGCGAAGCCCAAAUGCAGGAAUUCUCGAAUUCCAUUGUUUAUUCGAGAGCAAAAUCGAGAGCUUCCGGCGUUUGGAAGUGUCCGAGGGCGGGGUGUGAGAAUUUAUGCAAUACUCAACAAGGAACAAUUAAGCAUAUUAAAUUAAAACAUCCUGGAGAAGAAGAGGAACUAAUUCCAGUAAGUUUUUAUUGAUUUAUUGAUUUUAUCCAAAGAAACUGACUCAAAGUCUUCCAGAAAAUCAACUUCGACAAAACCCCCCGUCAAGAAAUCAAAGUAGUCCAAAGAAUCCUCCGAAGACACUCAAACCCAUCUCGGGAACCCCGCGAAUUCCGCUACAAAUGUCCCUUUGAAGGUUGCACUGAUACAGUAACCUCCCGGAUAAUUCUAGUCUACCACGCUCGCGAAAAACACACGACUCCCGACAAGAAAUUCAUUUUGCAGCGUGAAUGUUUUGAGAGCGAAGACGAUUUCAAAACCUGGUUCACCGCUAGGAAAUUGGAGACAAAUGCGAAGUUUUGUACGAGAAGAUCGAAUUCUGAUGGAAUGAAGAGAAUGAUAAAUUACGUGUGUUCUAGCGAGGGACACUAUAAACCCAGGAAUGAGCCGAAAUUCACGUGUAAAACGUUGGAUGGAAAAAAUUGCACGGCAUUUGUGAAUGUUACAGUGCAUGAGGAGAGCGGGGCGCAUUCUGUGAUUGCCUGUUUUACACAUACAGAUCAUGCGGUGAAGCCGAAAUAUGUUCGUAAAAAAUCGACGAAGCCUAGGAAAUCAAGGGCUAAGCCGAAGUUGGAGAAUCCGAAGGUUGAGCAGGUUCCUGUUACGUUUCAGGUAAAAAUUUUUUUUUAAAAAAUCAAAAUUUGACCUAAAAUUAAUUUCAGGAAAUAAUGAUCCCACUAAAAUUGACAAAACUCAAAAAAAAAUCAAAAUUUAAUCUGAAAUUAAUUUCAGUAUCUUUUCUAGAUAUAAAAAUGAGGAAAUCUAGCAAUUUUGCAGAAAAUUUUCAUUUAUCAAAAUUUUUUGUCAAAUUUUCAAUGAAAAAAAAAUUUUUUUUUGAAUUUCUAAAAUUUAAUGAAUAAAAUUAUUUUUCAGAAAAUGCAACCUCAAAAAAAAAUCAAAAUUUAACCUGAAAUUCAUUCCAGGAAGAUUUUUCUACAGAAAAUUCAAAAAAUUUCCUAAUUUUUAAAUUCUUUAAGGAAAAUUUUUAGGGCUUUUUUCUUCAAACUUAAAUUUGACCUAGAAUUAAUUUCGGAAUUUUCUAGUCCAAAAAUUAAGAUUUCCAGUCAAAACUUAUCCUAAAAUUAAUUUCAGGAGGAUUUUUAAAUGAAAAUUAAGAAAUUUCUUAAAUUCUUUAAGGUCAUUUUUAGAGCCAAAUUUAAGCCUAACCAAAUAUCCACCUAAAAUUAAUUCCAGGAAGAUUUUUCUACAGAAAAUUCAGAAAUUUUAAAUUCCCUAAGGUAAUUUUUAGUGCCAAAUUAAAGCCUAGCCAAAAUUUCCCCCAAAAAAACUCACAUUUUCAAAUCCUCGAAAAAACCAAAAAUGACCAUUUUGUUGUCAAUUUCACGUGAAAAAUUAAAUUUUCACGUAAAAAUUCCUAAAUUUCAUUUUUUUUUUGAAAUUUUUUCGGGUUAAGCCUAACCAAAUAUCCACCUAAAAUUAAUUCCAGGAAGAUUUUUCUACAGAAAAUUCAGAAAUUUCCUAAAAUUUAAAUUCUUUAAGAGAAAUUUUUAAAGCCAAAUUUAAGCGGAAUUCCUCAUUUGCCUUCGUUUCAGAAUAACCUCGAUAUCGAUCCGGAUGUUUAUGAUGGAGAGGAGGAAAUCGAGUAUAAUCAAGAAGAUCAAGAUCUAGCCCAAGAUCUAGCCCAAAAUCCAUAUUCAAAUGAAAUCGACCAGAAUUUGGAGUAUGUUAAAAGCACCCUUGGACACAUUGAUGAAUUUAUCGAAAAAUUGAAAAUGGGCGCAGAGAAAAACGAGGAAAUUCUGAAUAUUUCACGGAAAUUACAAGGAUAUGUGAAUGAGAUUGUUGAUGUGGCAAAUCAAUAUUUGACAGCUAAGGAAAUUGAGCAAGUGGAACAACAUAUUGAAGAAGAGGAUGUUUUGAAUGAGCAGGUUCCGAAGGUCUCGUCGUUUUGUCAACUUUGUAGAUUGGUAGGUUGAAAAUUUCGAGAAAAAUCGAUUUUCUGAUGAAAUUUGGUGAAUUUUGAGCCCAAAUUUGAAUAUUUUUGGAUUUUUGGAUGAAAUUUUUCAGAAAAAUCGAUUUUCUGAUGAAAUUUGGUGGUUUUUGAGACCAAAUUGAUUAAUUUUCCGAUUUUUUGAAUUUGGGCUAAAAAUUAUUGAAAUUUUCAUAAGAAUUAGCUCAAAAUCUGGAUUUCAAUUGAAUUCAGGCUAAAAAUUUCUAGAAAAAUCGAUUUUCUCAUGAGAUUUGGUGAAUUUUGAGCCCAAAUUUGAAUAUUUUUGGAUAAAAAAUGUUCAAAAUUUUUAAAGUUUCGAAAAAAAUUUCGAGAAAAAUCGAUUUUCUGAUGAGAUUUGGUGAAUUUUGAGCCCAAAUUUGAAUAUUUUUGGAUAAAAAAUGUUCAAAAUUUUUAAAGUUUCGAAAAAAAUUUCGAGAAAAUCGAUUUCCAGAUGGAAUUUGGAGGUUUUUGAGCCCAAAUUGAUUAAUUUUCCGAUUUUUUGAGUUUGGGCUCAAAAAAUAUUGAAAUUUUCAAAAGAAUUGGCUCAAAAUCUGGAUUUCAAUUGAAUUCAGGCUAAACAUUUCGAGAAAAAUUAAUUUUUUGAUAAAAUUUGGAGAAUUUUGGACCUAAAUGCUCUAAAAUACCCAAAUUUCGUUUUAAAUGCGAUUUUUAAGCCCCUAAAUUUGAAAAUAAUCAAUUUUUCUUUCAAAAUCUCGGAAUUUGAUGAAAAUCCCAUAUUUUGAGUCCAAACUUCAGUUUUGCGAUCAAAAAUUCUCAAAAAAUUUCAUAAAUUUUUGAAACAGUGAAUUUUUUUGGGAAUUUAAAAUUUUCAAGUUUGCAAUCAAAAAUCGUGGAAUUUUAUGAACUAAUGAAAUAUUCAGCCAAAAUCCGAUGAAAUUUUCAAAUUUGGACUCGAAAUCUCCCGAUUUUCACCAAAAAAUUGAAUUUUUCUGAAAUUUUCAGCCAAAAAUCCCGAAUUUCUUCAAUUUCAGCCAGUUUCUCCCUAUGAAAAUCUCAUCAAAACCAUGGAUUCGUGGCAUAAUUGCUAUAAUUGUGGAGUUCGAGUACAUGAGAAAUGUUUUAUGAUAACUGGAAAAGAUGAAUGUCGAUCUUGUCAAUAUGGAAUGUAUGUUAAGAUUCUGGACGCCUGA